GGUAGUAUUAGUUACCUGCAAGAAUGUCGAGUCAAGUAUAAAAGAAAAACACGUGAGUCGUUCAUGUGUCGUUAAACUACUACCUAUUACUAUUGAACAUUUGAUAUUAUUCUGUUUAAAAACUUACUAAAGAUACAUCUAUGUUUGUUUAAUGUGCUAAUUUCAGCUGAAAAUUAAUUAGUUUAGAUUAAUUCCUGAUCGUGGCUCUUAAGAAUACAAUAACCAUGUCCAAAUUCCUGGUCGAUCCGUCCACAUUAAAACAAAAAAAAAACGAUACAACUAAAGACGAUCUCAACACUAUGGAUAUAAUACCCGCAGAAAAUAACAGUGAAAAUUGCAAUGUAAUUUGCCUAAACCAUUUUUGGCCUAAAAUGAUUGAAGAAAUCAGAAAUAUUGAAAUGAUAAACCCAAAAAAACAAACAUUACUUCCACUAAAAAGGAUAAAAAAAGUGAUGCAUUUGGACGAUACUGUGAAAAUGACAAAUGCAGAAACUACAAUAAUGUUAUCAAAAGCAAUAGAAAUGUUUAUUAGAGAAAUAACUCUUCGCGGAUGGAGACAUACCGAAGACAAACAUCGACGAACAUUAAUGAAAAAUGAUAUUAGUGAGGCAGUCGCCGGGUAUGAUCAAUUUGAUUUUCUUAUUGACAUAGUACCUGAACCAGUAGCAAAAAAAGGAAUUAAAAACACACAAAUGAAGACAUCGACGAUUCCUAAACAAGUUCUAUAUUAUUUUCAAAACCCUGGAAAAAUACAAACAAAUUAUGCAUUAGUGUCUAGUGCUAGUCAAAACAUACAAGCAAUACAACCAGAAAACAGUCAAAUAGUAUAUCUAGUGAAUGGAACACAAAAUCAAAUUUUUAAUAUUGCAUCAAACAUUGUUUCUUCAAGUCCAACAACAUCAGAAAGAGAUAAUCAACCAACAAUUUUACAGUUACAAGACAAUACUCAGACAUUAAAAACAAAUUCAAAACUUGUACCUACCUCAGUUACUCACUCUGAAGAAAAAGCCAUCCCUGAAUCAACCAACUUAAAUAAUUUGCGAAUGCUUUAAAUACAAAAUUAUUUUCAACCACAACAAAAUCAAUUGAUUUAUUCGCAACCAAAAAUCAUAAAAGCGGCCUCACCAAGCUAAUGGACCUACAAGAGCAGUCAUACUCAACCAAUUUUUAAGCAAUUUCCAAUUCCAAAAUAAACUAUAGUAAAUAAAUGUAUA